AAUCGAUUAUUGAUGGACUUUUAGAUUUACGUGUGGAACUAAAAUUAUUGAAAAUGGCUAGUGAUAUGAAAUGCUGUCCGCUAGCUGGUGUGUGUUCGUAGCGAGCCUGCAGCUGGAAGGCACAACGCUGGGCUAGUUCGGUGUGAGUAGACCUGCUACUAGUACUAGGCGGAUGACAACAGCAAUAAUCCUGUUUUCCGUAGCACCAAGUAGCAGCUCAUGGUCAUGACCACCUCUCCGCUGAACGUCUCGGAUUUACGAACUCCGGCUGUAUCUCACCACCAUGUACUGCCAUCUUUGUCACCUGAGAAAGUGCCCAUUUCUCAGCCUCAACGGCUGACAUCCACCCUACAGGAUGCGCUUCCUAGGCAAUCGGGAGAUUUCAGCUCAAGCAGUGCAAUAGCAACACAGCUGUCCAACAUGCAGCGUGAGAAUGAUGAUCUGCUGGAGCAGAGUCAGCGCUUGCUAGUACAGCUUGUGUCUCAACAACAUGAUUCCUCAACCAGUCCUGGAAUGGACUACUAUUCUGCCGCUAUUACACCCGCUCCAGUACCACACACGGCCACACAGUCAAGAUCAGAGCAUGCUGAUUUACAGCACAGUCUAGCCGAGCAAACAUCACAGCAUCUUCUGCUCCAGCACCGAGUCAGACGUGGUGAAGAAGAAGUUCAGUUUCUACGGCAACAACUGACCAAGAAAUCUAGCUCUGUUGCCAAGCAACAAGACAAUCUUCAUCAGCAGCUAGUGCAGUCCCGUGGCAUGCUUGAUGACAUGACACGUACACUGCAGCAUCAAGAACAGGAGUUAAGUGAGGUGCGCGCUAGGUUAGCGAAUGCUGAGGAUUCAGUCCUGCACAAAACCAGUAUGGUGACAUGUCUACAGAAGGAACUAGCGGAUAGUGAUAUUCGACAUCAGGCUGAAUUAGAACGGUGUUCGGCAGAACUUCAUGAUCUCAAGCAUUCGCAAAUACUUGAACAUGAAACAGUCAGCAAGAAAAUCGAUGAGGUGGUAAAACAUGUGCGUGACAAAGAAGAAGAGUUGGAGACUGUUGUAGCGUCAAUUGCAACUCAUGAAGCUGCAAUGCAGGCAAAGGAUACUCUUAUAGCCUCUCUUGAGGAGAAGCUGCAAACCUCUCGCUCAGAACUGGAAACACAGACGACCGAGAUUGUCGGCCAACGGCAGAAAUUCUCAGGCCUUCAACGCGAUGCUGAAAACGGAGAACGACAGGUGUUUCAGCUCACAGCUAACCUGCAGCAGUGUCAAAAGCAACUUGAGCUGCACAUCCAGGACACGAAAGCUGCAGAGUCACUACGUGCUCUGCACCAGAGAGAUGUGUCUGAUGCCAAAACAAAAAUGUCUCAGCUAGAGAUUGCCGUGCAGGAGAAGUCUAUUGAGUGCAGUAACUUGAGGAGUGCAAAGAUGGAGCUCGAAGCAGAGGUUGCCAAACAGAAGCAUGCGAACAGUUUUGCUGAGCAGCGCUACCAGGAUGCGGAGACUCGGAUUGCGAAAAUGAAAUCGGAGGUUUCACAGCAUGCAGCAGAACUUCAACUCUGCCAGGGUCAGCUGUCCCAAGAGAGGCUACAGAGAGAAGAGCUGAUUGGAUCAUGCAAGCGACUGGAGCAUGACAAGCAGCAACUGGCUGCCAACAUGAACCAGCGAGCAGACAUGGACCAGCAAAAGUUGUCAAGGGCACUGAAGGAAAGAUCACAACUCGAGGCGGCGCAUGAGAAGCAAAAGGAGCAACUCGCCCGGAUGAAGCAGCAACAUGAGAAGCAAUGGCAGAGUGAGGUUGAGCUGACUGAGAAACUUACCCAGUCUAACGCAGACUUACUGUUGUGUCGGAAAGAGUUACAGGAGAAACAAGAAGAGUUAGCCCACGUAGAACUGCAUUUAGAGGAGGCAAAGUCUCAGGUUCAUACCAACGAAGUACAAUGCACGGACUUGAAGAACAUCGUGGCACGACAAAAGCAAAGCAUGAUGCAGAGAGCAUCCCAGGUCAACCAGCUAGUUUUGAAUGUACAGAACUCACAGAGUAAGCAGCAAGAUGAAGUUGACUCACUUCACAGUGAAAUACAGCAGCUGCAAGCACAGCUGCAGACAAGCCAAAGAGAGUGCAAGACAUUUGCCCAGGGCCUUGAGUCAGCAAACUCAGCGCUUCAGACCGCAAGGGAGAAGCUAUCCAGCGAGAAUGCUGAAAAAGAAAAGGAGAAAGGAACGACUCAAUCAUUGCAGUCAUCUCUUGCUGAUUCCAAACAACAAAUGCAACAACUGGAAGCUCAACGUGAUCGUCUCAGGGUGGAGCUUUGCAAGCAGCAAGCAGAACAUGAGGAAAAGAAAUGCCAACUAGAACAAGCUGAGUUGAAGAGGCAAUCCGCGGAGAAGAAAUGCUCCGAAAUGGAGGAGAAACUGCGCGACAUUCACCAUCGGCUCACCACUACAUCAACAGCCAACAAAGCACUCACUCAGGAGCUGCAUAAGACGAGUACAAUGGCGAACAGCAUUACAAAGGAUGGGCAGGAAGAGGUCAGUGUGAGUCGAGUCCAACACUUGGAGAGUCAAUUAAAAAGGAUUCAAGGGGAAUAUGAUCGUCAGGUUGGGGAACUACAGACCAAGCACAGUGACAUGUUGCUAACCCUGGAGCAACAGGACACAAAGUAUCGACUUGAGAUCACAACACUGGCGAACGUGAUCGAUACGCUCAGGAAACAAGAGGCGGAGGCUCAGCUCACAGCAGCGCAGUGCAGCGCAGAGCUUGUGCGCGUCAAGAAACAGCUACAUCGUCAUCAGCAAGAAGCGCAGCUCAACGAUUCCACCAUGAAAGAGGUGGACUUGAAACUCAGCCACCUGGAACGCAGUGUUGCAAAAUCUACAACACAGACCAAUACAACUUGAGCACACAAACAUUCCUCCCUCAGCUACAACUUGAGCACACGAACAUUACUCCCUCAGCUUUACUUGAGCGGUUUGAAAAAUCAUUUCUAGUUAAAUAGCUGGAGAUUUUGUUGUUCAAACUGAUGACUUUUGUUGAAUAGUUAUUUCUCCAAUAUCUCUGUUUAAUCUUAAAAUAUAUAUCCUUACAUUGUUUUUGUGGUUUCUGGUGAAGUCAGUUGUUCUCCAUGUUAAUUAUUAUCUUGCAGUUGAUGCAUGGUGCUGUAACUCCUACUGUCGGUCA